CUCCCUCCCACACGCUUUUUCUGCCUCUCGCUCUCUCUCUUUUAGACCCACACACAUUCUCAUGCUUGUUCUCUCGGUUCAUUUAUCACGGUGCAGUGUUUGACAGUAAGCGCGUCUCUGGACGGUCUGUUUCAGCGUGGAUGGUCUCUGGGCUUAUCCUUUCCCCUCUUCAGUAUUCUGUUGCCGUGGUGGGACGUCUACCCACAUUGAUCUUCUGGGAUCUGGCUUCACCUCCAGCUCAGGAUGGAAGCAGUAGCUCUUUACAACUUUUGUGCCACGGAAAGUGACGAGCUUAGUUUUCAGAAGGGAGAUGUUCUCAAGAUCACUAAUAUGGAAGAUGAUCCUAAUUGGUACACAGCAGAGUUGGUGAACAGGAAGGGCUACGUACCUAAAAAUUAUAUCAGUGUAAGACCGCACACAUGGUUUGCGGGCCGUAUCUCUCGACAUGUGGCCGAGAAUCGACUGCGCCAGCGGGAGUGUGGAAGCUUCUUAGUAAGAGAAAGUGAGAGUGCACCUGGAGAAUUCUCCAUGUCUGUGAGCUAUGGGGAUCACGUACAGCAUUUCAAGGUGUUAAAGGACAGAGAUGGAUAUUACUUUGUUUGGGAGGAGAUCUUCCCUUCCUUGAAUCAGCUUGUGGACUUCUACAAGAGCAACAGCAUAGCAAAGGAAAGGACGGUGUUUUUGAGGGAUACAGAACAUACACUAAAGAGGCCCCAUCACGCACAUGCCCUGUUUGACUUCAAUCCAGAGCACAACUCCCAGCUGCACUUCCUGCGGGGUGAUGUCAUAGACCUGCUGGACUGCUCCGAUUCUCAGCGCUGGAAAGGUCGUUGCCGUGGCCGUGUGGGCUUUUUCCCCCCUGAGUACGUUCAGCCCAUCUAUCACUGACUCUGAAGGAGAAUAACAACACUGCGUGUACAUAUCAUUGGUUUAUUGCUUUAAUACGACGGAAUGAUUAAGUUGAACGGACAGAAAUGAACUUAUCCAGACACAGUUACUAAAGCACAAUCAUGCUGUUGACACUAAGACGACACCUGUCAGCUUUUUAGGACGCCCUAAACUAUCAAGCACGAUUAUAAAAAAAAAAAAAAGAAUUUUAA